CCUUCGAAUCCCCCAAAUUCUCUCUCUCUCUCUCUCUUCUCUCGAGGAUCCGGCGAUCGCCGUUCUCCGUACGCCGUUAUAACGGCGUUGCGCGUCGGAUCUCCACCGCCCUCCGUUAGAUAACGGCGAGCCCACCCCCCGCUUUUACCAUUUUACCCCCGCAUCUUUUGCCCUUUGCCAUUUCCCUUCUCUUUUUUAAACUUUAUUUUUACUCGGCGAUUUCGCGAUGUCGGGCGAGGCGACACGUGGCGCGGGGCGGAAGCGGAAGGACCCGGACCGGGGCGAGCCCGAACCCGAAAAGGGCUUCGGUUCGGGUUCGGGUUCGGGUUCGGGUUCGGAUUCGGGUUCGGAUCAGGUGCGGAGCGGGAACAAGCUCCUGGCCGGGUACCUGGCCCACGAGUUCCUCACGGAGGGCACGCUCUUCGGGCGGCGGGUCGAGCCGGAGCGGGCCGGGCCGGGGAAGUGGAAGGGGCCCGACCCGGUUCGGGGCGAUGGCCCGGUUCGGGCGUAUGCGGACGUGGCGUUCUUGUUGAAAGCGGAUGGCGAGGUCCACGUGGCGGGCGUUGUGAACCCCACGCAGCUCGGGCGCUGGAUCCGGAUGUGACGGGUCGGACGUUCACCGGUACAACUCACCCGUCAAAGUACGACACGUGGCGUGUAUCUUUAGCUUCUUUCUUUCUUUCUUUUUUCUUGUUUUUUUUUUCGGGUGAAGAUGCUCUAUUUUAUAUCGAAAAACGAAGGGUGCGAUGCUUUUGA